AGGUUAGCUUAGCUUGAAAACGGAAAUAAACAACUUGAAAACAAUAAUAAUAAGAAUAUUAAAUAACUUAAUGAAUUUUUCACCAAUCUCCAGAAUUAUAAAAAAUAAUAGUUGACUUCCACUGAAGAGAUCAUAUGGUUUCUUGCUAUGUCUCAUCCGUGGGGAGCAAAUUUCUACGUUGAUAACUUUAGAAAUAAUGAAUUAUCAUCAAUCGAACCCUGCAUAAAAUUGGAAGUCAAUGAAGAAGAAAGAAUUGAUGUAACUAUGAAUCCUCUACCUGUAGGAGUCGAAAUAAUUAAUCAAAGAUCAGUGUCACAACAGGUUAAACAAAGUAGGAAAAAGAAAACAACAGUGAACCCCGACGUUGUGAAAGAAGAAUCAAGAAGCUGUACAGAAUGUGGGAAAGUACUGGCGUCCGCUGCUAGUCUAUAUGUUCAUUUAAAAUCCCAUUCCUCAAAUAAGCCAUAUAUCUGCGGGGAAUGUGGGGCCAACUUCACAAGAAAGUAUUAUUUAGAGGUUCAUCAGAGAACUCACACUGGCGAGAGACCCUUCAAGUGUGACAUCUGCGAAAAAUACUUCUCACAGAAAUCGAGCCUCAACACUCACAAGAGAAGGCAUACCGGCGAAAAACCGUAUGAAUGCCUCAUUUGCGAUAAAACCUUCUCCGCACAAAGUUACCUGGCUUCUCAUCAGUGGACACAUUACCAAAAAGUUAACGGUGUUUUUACCUGUAACGGUUGCGACCUGAAUUUCGUCAGCAGGAACCUCUUCGUUCAGCACAUUCGAACUCAUUUGAAAGAAUUGAAAUACGAAUGCGAGCACUGCACCAAGAGAUUCGCCAAAGAGUCUUAUUUGAUCCGGCAUAAAAACGGUGCACAUCUCGGUGAUGCUUAGUACGAGGUGUAAUGUAAUGAUCUGAAAUAAUUUAUAUACCUACUCGUUGAAUGUUUCGCCCCCAAGUUCAAAACCUUUUUUUUGUUUGACGACUGAAGGAUGAUGAAAUGAUAUUGUCUAAUUUCUUCGAAACUGAUCGAAAAGUUUAUAUUUAUAAUAAAUUUCGAACAGUUUUGAAGUUAUGCUUAUUUUUUACAUAUAUUUUAAGUCUUUUUUGUGAUGUUUUUUUUUCUUGUAUUGAUGAAAUAAACUUUUUCUGGUUUA